UAUAUUUUAAAGUUUCCUCGACGGUCACGCUUUGCAUAACAAUUCACAUUUUCCGAUCUUUAUUUUCAUAAAACUUUCGUACUUUAUAUAAAAAACAAAUAUGUCUCUUUCGCCAGCAAGUGGCAUUGGGCGCUUCUACGCAAAGUCGGCUAAAAUCAUACGAUUCGUGCGCCUGGGCUGCACCAACCGGCCUUUCUAUCACAUUGUAGUAAUGGAGAGGCGCAAGAACCAGCAUCAGCCUGUGAUUGAACAAGUUGGCUCCUAUGACCCCCUGCCCAAUGAUUAUAACGAGCGUUUAGUGGCUCUGAACACCGAAAGAAUCCGCUUUUGGUUGGGCAAAGGUGCCCAUCUGUCCACGCCGGCUGCUGAACUCCUGGGAAUCGCUGGACUACUGCCCAUCCACCCACGCACCUACAUGUCUGCCUGGAGAAACCGAAAAGCAGCUGCCGAGGCAGAAGCUACUUCAGAAAAAGCGGAAUCCACCGCCUAGGGGUCGUAGAUCCUCAAUAAAAAACCUCGUUUUUGUUUUUACGUUUAACAA